CUUUGGAAGAUCUCGUCGAGUUCUUUAAGCUAAUUUAAGCAACUCAUAGGUCUAUUACGAAAGAUUAUUGAGAUUGAAAGAGAUGUCGAUGAGUGAAAUGAUUAACAAGGCUAAGCCUUUCAUUCUCAUGGUACUUUUGCAGUUUGGGUUUGCAGGCAUGUAUACAAUUGCCGUGGCUUCACUGAAGCAGGGGAUGAACCAUUAUGUGUUGGUCGUGUAUCGAAAUGCAAUUGCAGCUGCAGUUAUGGCUCCUUUUGCUUUGUGGUUUGAAAGGAAAGGGCGACCAAAGUUGACAUUUCGCGUCUUUCUCAAGAUAGUUGCCUUGGGUUUGCUUGAGCCUGUGCUCGACCAAAACUUCUGCUACGUAGGAUCUAAAUAUACCUCUGCAGGCUUCGCAGCCAUUCUAAUCAACAUAAUCCCUUCAAUCACUUUUGUGAUGGCAGUCAUUCUCAGGAUGGAGAAAGUGAAUAUCAAACAAAUACGAAGCCAAGCAAAGGUUAUCGGUACACUUGUGACUGUAGCUGGUGCAAUACUCAUGAUACUAUACAACGGACCCGUCAUAGAAUUUGUAUGGUCUAAGGGCAGAGCUCAUGACAGCAACUCUGGAGUGAGUAAUGGAGGAAACUGGCUCCUGGGGACGAUUCUUCUAAUCUGUAGCUGUACCUUUUGGGCUGCUUUCUACAUUGUUCAAGCAAAUACUCUGGAGUCGUACCCUGCAGAGCUGACCUUAACGACAUUGAUAUGUGCGAUGGGUGCAGCGUUGAGCAGUGCAGUAACGUUGGUGGUGGAAGGGAAGAAUAUGGAGGUUUGGUCGAUUGGUUGGGAUAUGAAUCUCCUUACUGCCGUUUAUUCGGGAGUGAUAUGCUCAGGAAUUGCAUACUACAUACAAGGGAUAGUGAUGAAGGAGAAAGGCCCAGUCUUUGUUACUGCUUUCAAUCCCUUGUGCAUGUUCAUAACGGCUCUCAUGGGCUCUAUUAUUCUAGCAGAAGAAAUAACUUUGGGAAGAAUUAUUGGUGCUGUAAUCAUUGUGUCUGGCCUCUAUUCACUUAUCUGGGGUAAGAGCAAGGAUGGCUUAGCCCAAUCUUCAGAGAGAAGUGAUAAGAAUGGGGCCCUGGACUUACCAACUACUAAAGAUUUUACGGGUCCUUCAGCGAAAUUGGAGUUACAAGUUAAAUAAACAUCUGUAGUCUAUGCAUAUAUCUGAUGUUUUAGAACUGGUGCUCACAGCAUGUGAGUAUGGGAGCUGGAACUUGGUUCAUGUUGAUCUUGCCAAGUAUACUUAUUUGUACUUGUAUCUUAAUUUGAGGCAAGAGAAGUUUUGAUAAAAUGAUAAAUGUUCCCAAGUGAAGUUUUGAUAAAACUAUUA